AUGGCAGAUUCACAGCCCACGUGGAAAGACAGAGUUGAGAAAUACCGCAAGUUAGAAGACCAGUGGAAAAGAAGCCCGCAAGGACAGAUAAACAUGAUAGUGGAGAUAGUCAAAGAAACAUCUAUACCUGCACUUGAGGCAGGUCUAUCAGCCAUUAUACCGCUGGCCAAGGCAAACACCAUGCAGGAGUACACGAGAGAUGUAUUAGCAGCACUAUUUAAGAAUUCAUCCUCAACAAAGCCGACCACAAAGAAGGCAAUAAAAGAGAUUAUGGAGGCACAGGCUGCGCAUAACCCGGCGCAGGUGGUGCUGGCUGCAUCUGGGUGCAUAAAGGACAAGAACCCGAAGAUAAUAACAGAGACUCUGAAGAUAUUAGUGGGACAUGCACCGCUGCUGGAAGGACACCUGAUGGGACAGAUGCUACCGCAGGCAGGAUUUCUCUUUGGGCACGGCACAGGGUCUGUGCGGGAGGAGGCAACAAAGCUCUUCCAGAUACUUGCAGUGCAGGACCCAGAGCAAGUGUCACAGGCAGUUAGUGCACUGCGCCCUAUACAGAUAAAAGAGAUCUUCCAGCCACCACAGGAGAAGGAGCAGAAGAGCCCAGUGCAGGAGCCAGUCGUGCAGGAAGCCACAGUAGAGGUGCAGAAGACAAUUGCACCAGAGAUGCACCAGACACCAAGUGCUAUAAGUGCCUCAUAUCCGUGCAGCAGCUCAGAAGAGAAUAGUAUGCGCACAAGAGUUGAGCCUGCUGAGAAGAAGGCAGCACCAAAGAAGAAGGAAUGCCCGGUGCAGCAGAGUAGCAAGCCCAAAGAGUACAAGAUUGUGGCCCUUAGCAGCAAUUUCUAUGAAAGGUUCCAGUCUGCACAGUGGAAGGAGCGGCUGGUUAUGGAAGAGCUUGAUGAGAAGCUGGCAGACACAGGUAAACUAAGCAGAAAUGACACGUAUGACGUGAUAGAUGCGAUUCUGAAGCGAGUGGGAGAGAGUAAUAAUAAGGUCUUUAUUGCUGCAAUGUCUGUGGCUGAAAAAAUAACCGCACGCGAGAAGAUACAAGAGUCACUUUCUGUGCAGAUUGUCAAAGUUGUUGGGAAAAGGCUGAAGGACAAGAAGGAGCAGGUGCAGCAGUCUGUGACAAGUCUUAUUGUUUCUCUUCUGGGAGUGUACAAAGUGUCUGUGCUGCAGGAGCUCUCAGUAAUGGCAGUGUCUGACAAGACAGUGCGGCACGGAGCCCUCAAGACAUUUGAUGCAUCGAUUGAGCUGGUGAGUGAAAAGGAGAUGGAAGACUCAAAGGCAUUUAAGGCACUGAUUGAGUGCACGAAAGACCAGAGUGCAGACAUAAGAAGCCUUGCAUGCACCUGCAUAUCAAAGGUAUUUAUUAAAAGAGACGAGAUUCCUGCACUCAGCGAGAUAGAGCAGUACGGAAUAGAGAGGCACCUUGCAGCAAAAAUAAAGGCGCAGGCUGAGGAGCUCUUCAAGGAAAAGGAUGCAGAAAUCACAGCAAUUAUUGAAUCCCUCUGCGAAGAUAUUCGAAACACUUUGAUCAAGCCAGAGCCUGUCACACCCAUGCGGCCAUCGCACGUCUUGAGCAGUCAGCAGGAGAACAUGGUACUGAGCCCAAUUAUAACGCAGUCUUUGAAAAAAGACAAGCCCGUUAUUCCAAUUCAGGACACAAAUCCAGAUAACGUGUUUAUUGAUCAAACUGCACAGAUAUGCUCAGGUAAGCAGAGUAAUACAAAUGCUUCAACAAGAACGGCAGGGGAGAGUGAAAUUCUGCACUUUAUUCAGACAGGAAGAAUUAGUGACUCUGUGCUGCAGGUGCUUAUUGAUGGACUGGGGACAGGCCCUGCAGUGAAUGGGCGUAUUCUUUCUAUACUUUCAUCGAUAAACAUGAGUGAAGAAAUGGCUGUUUUGAUUAAGGACAGGCUGGAGCGAGUGGAGGUCUCUGACUCACACGCAGUUCUGAUGAUGGAAGGCCUAAGAAGCAAGGCAGCAAAGGUGAUAGGAGAGAAAAGUGCAUUUGAAGAGAAGUGCCUUCUUUCUGCUCUCUGCGAUGCUCUGAUGAAAGGAGAGGGCGUGCCACAGGAGCAUAUCAUGAAUGUUCUGGGAAUGAUUGAGAGUAGGUCUGGAAUGAUUAAGGAUGAAGAGGCAUUUGUUAUUAUAAAGGUGGCAGGGGAAAACGAGUACUGGGACGUACUCUCUGGAUUGGAUAAAGUCUUCCCGGUGUCCAAGAUAUUUGCAAGUCUUAUCUCACUGGCUGAGACGCAGCCAGUAUUCAUAAACAGCAUCUACUUCCUCCUGCAGAAGACGCCAUUUAUUUCUAACACAUGGAUUGAAGGUGCUUUGAAUAACCACAGAUUUAUUUCUUUGCUCGAAAGAGCAGAAACUCCAGCAGCUGCGCAUGUAAUUGCCCUUCUGAAGAAAGAGAACAUCAUUACAGCGUACUCGCCGCAUGCAAAGAAGGUGAGAAGGUCUGAGGAGGCUGCCACUGAUAUAAAUCUGCUUCUUAAUGACAUAAUAGACCAAAACAGCCAGCAGUCACAGGAGUCUCUGAAGAAGCUGCAGAAGGUUGCAAUUGAAAAUAUGAGUGUUCUUCUAAGAAGUGCAUCUACAGUGGUGAAUGUUCUUCUUCUUCAGCUGAAUGACUCGCUCUCCUCAGGAAGCACAUGCUUGAACGUAUACACGAUUAUAAACAUAAUCAAGAGAAUAUGCGAAAGUGAUCUGUUCCUGGCCACGCUCGAUGCAGGUACGCUGCUCAGCCUGGUAUCCGACUAUAUUGUGAUCAUAACAGGGCAGAUGCCCAGGGGCUCUGCAUCGCCAGAGGGCAUCAAAAAGGAGUGCAGUGAAAGUCUUCUUAAGAUGUGUGUGAAUGCGCCCUUUCUGAACAUGUUCAAAAUAUACAUAAAUCUUCUGUCAAAUAGGUACAAAGAGGAGAAAGUGCGCGAGAUCCUUGUGAAGCUGCUGUGGAAGCACUCCAAGCUUUCUUCUUCUGUGGUCUCUGAUAAGACUGUGGUUAUGGGCAUUAUUAACCGGCUGAAUGCAUUCUACGCAGAGUUCAGAGGUGACAUCAAAAGUGACCAGCUGAUCUCAAAGGUGCUCCAGCUCCAUCUCAUUGAAAUACUAAAGCACUAUGGAGAUGAGUUCUUGAAAGUGUUUAAAGUAACUGGUCCUGUGCUGCACCAGGUACAUGCACUUGGAGGGCUUAAGCUAUAA